GGCCGUUGAGGCUCCGCCGAGCGGCCGAGGCCCCGCCUGGGCGAGGAGGGCAGGAAGAUGGCGGCGGGCGGCGGCGGCAGGGCCUCGUCGUCUUCCUCCUCCUCUUCCUCGGCCGCCUCCUCGUCGUCGUCGUCGGCCGGCGCCCUGGAGGCCUCGCUCGACAGAAAGCUGCAGGCGGUGACCAACACCAUGGAGUCCAUCCAGGGCCUCUCCUCCUGGUGCCUGGAGAACAAGCGGCACCACAGCACCAUCGUCUACCACUGGAUGAAGUGGCUGCGGCGCUCUGCCUUUCCUCAUCGAUUGAACCUUUUUUACUUGGCCAAUGAUGUGAUACAGAACUGCAAGAGAAAAAACGCGAUCGUGUUCCGCGAUACGUUUGCAGAAGUGCUCCCUGAAGCGGCUUCGUUAGUGAAGGAUCCGUCAGUUUCCAAAUCUAUAGAAAGAAUCUUCAAAAUCUGGGAGGACAGAAACGUGUACCCUGAGGAAACUAUUUUGGCACUAAAAGAAGCUCUGAGUACCACUUUCAAAACUCAGAAGCAGCUGAAAGAAACUCUGAACAAACAACCGAAUAAGCCGUGGAAGAAAUCUCAAACAUCCACAAACCCAAAAGCUGCUUUGAAGUCCAAGAUUGUUGCUGAAUUCAGACCCCAGUCUCUCAUUGAUGAAUUGCUAUUGUAUAAGCGCUCGGAAGACCAGAUCGAACUGAAAGAGAAGCAGCUUUCCACUAUGCGAGUGGAUGUGUGCAGCACUGAAACGCUGAAGUGCUUAAAAGACAAAACGGGAGGAAAGAAGUUCUCCAAGGAGUUUGAAGAAGCAAGUUCAAAGCUCGAAGAGUUUGUAAACGGCCUGGACAAGCAAGUGAAAAACGGCCCCUCGCUAACCGAAGCCCUCGAGAACGCUGGUAUAUUUUAUGAAGCGCAGUACAAGGAAGUCAAAGUCGUAGCGAAUGCUUACAAAACAUUUGCUAACAGAGUGAGCAAUCUAAAGAAAAAGCUAGAUCAGCUGAAAGCAACGCUUCCUGAUCCAGAGGAGUCUCCCGUCCCCUCCCCGAGUAUGGACGCCCCAUCUCCAACGGGCUCCGAGUCCCCCUUUCAGGGAAUGGGGGAGGAGGACAGCUCACGUUCUCCAGCAGUUGGCAACCGCAAGGCGGUGUCUCCAGAGCCUGUGACAGAUAAUCGGGAUGUGGAGGACAUGGAACUCUCUGACGUGGAAGACGAUACAUCUAAAAUUAUUGUGGAAGAGAGGAAGGAGAAGCAGGCUGCUCCACCUUCAGCACCUGCGAAGACUGAAAAUGCCCCUAAAGCGGCGCCGUCCACCGCUGCCGUCAGCACCACCUCGGUGACGGUGACGACACCCGCCCAGACUCCUCCGACUCCUCCGGCUCCCAAGGUGGUGAGCGCGGCGCCCGUCCCUCCAUCGCCAGCGCUCGCGUUGCCUAACCUUGCUAACGUUGACCUGGCAAAGAUCAGCUCCAUUCUUAGCAGUUUAACUUCUGUAAUGAAAAACACAGGUGUCAGCCCUGCGUCAAGACCUUCUCCAGGAACCCCGACGAGCCCAACAGCUCUUACUGGUGGCCUGAAGACGCCUGUCCUGGGGACUCCGUCUGCUCCUUCAAACCCGUUAGCAAAUAUUCUCUCCAAAGUGGAAAUAACUCCUGAAAGCAUUCUGUCUGCCCUCUCCAAAACCCAGACUCAGACUGCGCCAGCACUGCAAGGUUUGUCAUCCUUACUUCAGAGUGUUGCUGGAAAUACCAUUCAGUCGAGCGAAACCGCAUCACAGAGCACUUCAGCAUCACCAGCCAACACAACUGUACCUUGCGUGAAGGGAAGGAAUAUUCCUUCCAACACUCAGUCCUUUAUAUCCAAAACUUUUGGUUAUUCUCCAAAUUCGUCAACCUCUGAGGUUUCCUCGACUUCAGUUACUAAGGCUCCCAUUGGACAUGCCGCGGGGCUUUCAAGUUCUGGUUUUAAGCCGCCAACCAAUUCCCUGGGGUUCUCCAGUUCCCACCCUCCCAGUCCUUCCUCCCUUUUACCGACAGACACCUCAAUGAGUCAAUCCUCUGAAAUUUCAAAGGCGAAGCUGGAAUCGGAACCCCCUUCUCCAAGCCUGGAGAUGAAGAUACACAAUUUCCUGAAGGGAAAUCCUGGCUUCAGCGGUCUGAACUUGAAUAUUCCGAUUUUAAGCAGCUUAGGGUCCAACAUCGCAACAGAAAGUCACUCGGCUGACUUUCAGCGUGGUCCUACCAGCACUUCCAUGGACAAUGUGGACGGAACGCCGGUGCGCGAUGAGCGAAGUGGGACGCCCACCCAGGACGAGAUGAUGGAUAAGCCAACGUCGAGCAACGUCGACACCAUCUCCUUGCUGUCAAAAAUCAUGAGCCCUGGUUCCUCUACUCCCAGCAGCACGAGGUCGCCUCUUCAGAGCAGGGACGAUGGCUAUCCCCAGGAACUUUCCAAUUCUGUGCACACCUACCGGCCCUUCAGCCUCGGCAGAGAUUCUCCGGUCGGCAUGUACAAGCAGCCUGCAGACAGCAUGGAAAUCCCCUCCUCUUUAAUGGACUCCUCGCAGGAGAAGUUUUAUCCGGACACGUCUUUUCAAGAAGAUGAAGAUUACCGUGACUUUGACUACUCCGGGCCCCCCCCAUCUGCCAUGUUAAACCUGGAGAAAAAGCCCGCAAAGUCGAUUUUGAAGUCAAGUAAAUUAUCCGAAGCUGCGGAGUACCAGCCGGUCCUGUCCAGUUACGGUCAAAGAUCGCAGGAUUUUAGCGUGAAGUCGUCGUUCCCUCAGUCGAUGAGGUCUAUUCUCGAUCAGAGCGAGAGCUGUGACCCGCUGUCGACAUCUCCAGGGAUGUACGGGAGCUACGGCCUGCGGGGAAACGACUCCACCUCGGAUGGUUCCCCUUCGCCCAGUAAGAACGACGUUUUUUUCGCACCAGACUCCAACCACAACAACUUACCAAAAUCCGUGGUGCACUCUGGCCUCUCGCAGAAGCAGUACCCGGACUCGCCCCACUCCAUUCCCCACCGGUCGCUUUUCUCCUCCCAAAGCCCCGCGGGCAGACCACCCACGACGGGCGUGGACAAGUCGUUGGGAUCUUCCAUCUCCGCCACGUCGACGAUGGAGUUCAAGAACAUGCUCAAGAACGCGUCUCGUAAGCCCUCCGAGGAGAAGCAUUUCGGCCAGAUUUCUAAAAGCGGCUCGAGCGAAGGGGUUGGCUUGUCCAGCCACGGCCAGGCUGGAGCGCCCAAAGGCGAGCAGCAGCAGCAAGAGGAGCACUACCGCAUAGAGACGAGGGUGUCGUCGUCCUGCUUGGAUUUGCCCGACAGCACCGAGGAGAAGGGAGCCCCCAUCGAAACGCUGGGCUACCACAACGCCUCGAGCAGGGGCAUGUCCGGAGAGCCCAUCCAGACCGUCGAGUCCAUCCGAGUUCUGGGGAAAGGAAGCAGAGGACAUGGGCGAGAGGCGAGCAGGUCAGGGUGGUUCGAGAUAAGCAACACGGGGAGCGCGUUCGAUAACGGGCCCUCGAGCGCCUCGGAGCUGCCCGGCAUGGGCGGCUUUCAGGCGCAGUACAAGGAGCACGUGCCGCCGUUUCAGGAGAGCGUGAACAAUUUCCGAACGAAUAACUUCAGCCCUGCUUUCGACCACCACAUGCCACCUCCCAUCGCGCCUCCUCCCCUGGAGCACGGGACUCCUUUCCAGAGGGAUCCGGUCGGUCCGCCCCCGGGGCCCCCGGCCGCUCCCCCCAAGGAUCACGGCAGCCUCUUCCCGAGGGAUCACUCAGUCCCCCCGCACAUGCCGCCCGUGGAUCACACUAACCCCUUCUCGAAAGAAACCUCCUCUCCGCUCUCGCUGCCCCACGGCGUGCCCCCGCCUCCUUCCGUGGAGCACACCGGGGUCCCCUUCCCCACUCCCCCGCCGCCCCCCGUCCCCGGGGAGCACGCCGGCGUCCCCUUCCCCGCGCAGCCGCCGCCGGCCGGGGAGCACGGCGGCGUGCCCUUCCCCGCGCCUCCCAUCGCCGUGGAGCACGGCGGCGGCGCCUUCUCCAAGGAGCACGGUACCGUUCACCAAGGGACGAUGAAAGAGCAUUUUAACGUGCACGCGGGACCCAGGGAGGCGGCGGCCCAGCCCCAGCGGGACCACGCCGGCGGCGGCAGCGGCGCGCCCCUGGGCCGCGCGCGCGAAGGCGUGGGUCUGGGCUCCCUCUCCAGAGAGCAGCUGGGGCCGACCCGCAGCGUCACCCCCAUCGGCCCCGCUCACAGAGACAGUGCGAACCGCGGCGGGAUGAUGGUCAGGAACCCGCGGGCAGACUUCAGGCCCAGGGAGCCCUUCAUAAACAGAGACCCCUUUCAGCCUGAAGAGGCCUCGGCCGCCUUUCGGGAGGGGAUCCCCCUUCUUUGCACCAAAACGCCCGUUCUUCCCCAGGUACUGAAGCAGACGCCCAUCUCUUGAGCGAAGGUAUUCGGACGUUGUAGAGAGCAGGGGAGUAGCGCUUUCACUUGGUUUUCCUUUUUUUU